AUGCCCGCGCAGAAGCGCCCGCACCCGUCCUCCGCUGGCGCCGCCCCGGUCCAACCCCACGUCCAGGACCAAGCUACAGGGGUGGCCGGCUGCGGCGCGGAACCCAACGGCAACGGCAACGCCGUGGGGACGCCCAACGGAGCCGCUCCCGAGCUGGCCAAGGAGGCGCGCCGCGAGCGCGAGCGCGACGACGGCGAUUCCGAUGCGGGGGAGGAGCAGGAGCAGGACCAGCGGGACGACGAGGAAGGCGGCGGCGGCGGGAACGACGACCAAGACCGCGACGACGACGACGACAGCCAGUCGUCGCAGAGCGACGGCGCCGACAUGGACGAGUUCAUACUAGUGAAAUUAAUGGAUAUACGGAAGGAAGUGCAGUGCCCUAUAUGCUUAGGCAUUAUCCGCAAAACAAGAACGGUUAUGGAGUGUUUGCACCGGUUUUGUAGGGAUUGCAUUGAUAAAUCCAUGCGGCUUGGAAAUAAUGAAUGCCCGGCAUGCCGCACUCAUUGCAAGAGCAGACGUUCCUUGAGGGAUGAUCCUAACUUUGACGCUUUAAUUUUAGCUUUAUAUCCAGAUAUUGACAAGUACGAGGAAGAGGAACUUGCUUUUGGUGAGGAGGAGAAGACUCGCAACAAAAAGAUUCAAGAAUCCAUUGCUGAAACAUACCGAAGACAGUCAGAAGCACUUGUGAAGAAACGCUCCACUGCAAAAGCAAUAGCUACAUCAAGAAAGACUCGGGGGAAUAUGCGGACAAAGAGGAGAGGACGGAAUAGUUCUCCUGAUAUUGCCCCGACUGACAUUGAUGAGGAGGAGGAGAGAGAAGAAAAUGGCAAUGAGGGCAGCAAAGAAUCGUCUUCUGUUGAUGACCGUUCACCAGAAGUAAAGGUUAAAAGAGCUCGGAGAUGGCCUGUGCCACGAUCAUCCCCUGCUAAGAUUGCUGGCAGUGUCGAGAGUAGCUACGAGGAGAAUGAUGAUAUGGGAGGUGCCAGAGAUAUCUUGGCUACUUCUCCGCUGCGUGGAGAGAUGCUUGCCUGGGGCAAAAAUGGCACCCGCAGUCAAACUCGACAUGGCAGUGCCGGUGGCUCCAGUGGAAGGAUGGUCAAGGGUGGGCGUGUUGCCAAGUUGGUGGAUCAUCUCCGUAAUGCUGAUGAGUUUGAUAGUAAGCUCAACCUGUAUCUUGUCCUGGCUCCAAUUGAUGGACAAAGUAUGCCGAAACUGGAGAAGCCCUACCUCAGUUGCCAGCCAACGUUCUCAGUUCGUCAUCUCUGCCAGUUCGUUGCUCUUCAGCUGUCCCGGCAAGCCAAGGAAGUGGAGAUUUACUUCAGGAAGAACUCCAGAGACGGAUCCUUUGCAAUAGAAGAGACCGGUACAGACGAGGCAAUGCUGGAUCGGUUCGAUGGCCUGGAAAGGUUGAAGGAAGAGAAAUCUCUUUCGGAGCUUUACCCUUCGUUCGCCUCCGGUGCUGGGGACCUGGAGCUGCUGUACUCCCUGAAGACACAAGGGUAGGCACAAUUGGUGGCACCAGCUCUCUUCACCGUCAGCCUGAUCCAGUCAGAGCAAAAGCUAAUAUCAUGCCCUGCAGGAAAACCUGUACAGAAGUCAUUCAAUAUAGGAGGAAA